UUCCAGCUACUUCGUUGCCACUGUUUCCUGAAAUGAUUGAUAAGAUCUGAAAUGAGCGGUAACGGUGUGAUUGAAGGAUGACCGAAGGAAGUUGGAGUGACACUGAUUUCCUGUCUCAAAUUGUGGAUUUCAUUCUGAAGUACAAAUUUUUGUAUGAUCACCCGAACAUCAAAUUUUUAUCAAACAAUUUGUGGCGACGCAUACCACGCAAUUGGUUACACUACCUCGAAAAAUUGAGCAACGAAGAACUCAAUUUGUUCCCUUUUCAGAAACCAACACCAUACUGUCCUGAGACUUUGCUCGAAUUUCAUGCUGCCAGUAAUAAAAUAUUUACACAUCUAUUCAAUGCUUGUUUGGCAGCAGUUUUGCCCGAUAAUUUGUCGCAGUUCGCGACGCCGAUGAUCCAAGGGAACAGUUCUAUGACUAUCAAAAAACGCCAUGAAGUUGAAAACUUUACAGUUUUGCUUAUGAUAUACUGCAAACUCUAUGGCAUUAACCGAAUUGUGGAUGUUGGAUGCGGAGUGGGACAUUUGAUCAAUCAGCUAUCACGACACUGCAGAGUUGUUGGAAUAGAUUGUAAUGAAAAGUUUUGCCAACAUGCCAGAAAAUCCUGCGCAUACGCCAAAAUUAUUUGCUUAACUAUCAUUUGUGAUGGCACAGAAGAUAAAAAUUUGUUAGAAUUCCUUUCGGGAGAUGAGCAUGAUCGAACUGCAGUAGUUUCAUUGCAUGGUUGUGGUGAUCUCCAACCAACACUUUUACGUCACUUCUGUAAGCUGGAUCGUAAUCGAGUGCCACUUAUCUUUACCAUUCCAUGCUGUUAUCACAAAAUGUCGAAUUUAAAGAAGGAAAUGUUUCAUUGGACGAUGAGUCAAGAAGUAAAAAGACGACCUAUUUCCAGCGAAGUAUUGCCAGUGAGCGCGCUAAGGUUGGCUUGUCAGAAGCACAUUUCCAGUUGGCCAAGUUCUGAUGAUGAUCGAAAAGAACAUACAAAGAAUUUUGUCGGUCGAGCUUUGCUAGAAUGUCUAUAUGACAAACACAAAGACUUACCACCAUUUGCGUAUCGCAAGCUAAACUGUCAUUUCGAAGACGUGAAAGAUGCUGGAAUUAGGCUAGCAUCCCAACUGGGAAUGGAUGAAAAUGGUGCUUCACAAAUUGACCAGUUGUACAGGAUGAUCCAUGCCGACCAGGAACCAUAUUUUGUGUAUGUUGAACCUUUUACGCUUCUUCAAACAAUGAUGCAAACACCGCUGGAAAUGUUUAUUUUAUUAGAUCGUUUAUUCUUUUUGAGGGAACAUGGCUGUUCUGCUUACAUAUUGUCCGUAUUCAAUCCAAAGAUUUCUUCAAGACAUCUUUGUAUCAUAGCUUCACCUUAUUGA